AUGGACGAGAAGAAAGACCCAACCCACGCAGACCUUGUCUCCCUCCCACUCUCAUCAUCAUCGCCCCAUAGCACGAUCAACCACCCGCAGCACAUCAGCGAUAUCCACAACCACCGCCCACCCACAACGACGACCCCAUCCCUCUCCUCCCAAUUCACCACACACUCACCACACCUCCCACUCCCCACCCACACGCGCAGACAGUCACAGCGCUAUGUUCGACCCCGUGGUCUCCGCAUAGCCAACCUCUUCAAGGCAUGGCUACCCAUCAUACUUUACGCCGCAUCAAGCCUCGCUUUCGUCCUUGCUAUCGCUUUCUGGAAAGACCAAGUCUUCGAUGGUCUCGAUAGUCUAUCUCAUUGGCUGCGUACAGACGACUCCCUCGGCUACCUCGUCCUCUUCGUCCUCAUCUUUCUCACCACUUUUCCCCCCCUUCCGCUCUACUCCACCCUGAUCACCCUCUCAGGCUAUACAUGGGGGCCAUGGAAAGGUGCUCUCGUAUCCUAUCUCGCCGCCCUCUCAGGCGCAGUCACCGUCUUUAUCCUCUCCCGCACGUUUAUCCGAGGAGCCAUCACCCGAUGGCUCGCCCGCACACACUCGAUCCGUCGCGCCGUACGUGCCAUCGAACGUCGCCCGUCUCUUCUCUUCCUCGUUCGCCUCGCGCCGUAUCCGUAUAACGUGAUGAAUUGCCUCCUAGCCGCAUCACCAACGCUGACGCUCAAGACAUACACGGGCUGCACCGCGCUCUCGCUCUUCAAGGUGAUCAUACACACGAGUAUCGGCGCUUCGAUGCACUCGUUUAAGAAUACUGACGCACCUGAGGACGAAGCAGAGGACAACGCGAUGGCUCGUACGUGGACGAUCGUCGGUAUUGGAUUGUGCGUCGUGAUCCUCCUCUAUCUAUCUUACGUAGCGCGACGUGCGGUUGAUUCUGAGCUCGAUGACGAUGAGGACUAUGGGGAGGCACGUGGCGGUGAGGAGACGGUGGCCUUCUUGCUGGGUGAGGGUGAGGCUGAAUCGCGUGAGGCUGUUGGGGUGCCUACGGGUAACGAUAACAUGGCAGAGGCGGGACUUGGUGCCAUGAAUUGCGUGAACACUGCGAAGGAAUUUGAGGGAGAUGAAAGUAUUGUGUUGUAG